AUGAUGCACCUUUCGAGCUUUGUUUUCAUUGCCCUCUUUGUUCUUGGAGGAAUAUCCGUAGGCAAUGCUGCCGUCGUCGAAAGGCGCCAGCUCACCACCUCCCCCGACGCCGUGUCCGAGCCCGGUUCCUACAGUGCCUCCCCGACCGAGUACACCUCCCCCAGCUACACAGUCUACGCCUCCAACGGGCCCUCCGAUUCCGAUUCCAGCAGUGCCUAUGCGACCACGUCCACCCGCCGUCACGGCCACUCCUCAGUCGUCGCCUCUGGUGAGGCCGGGUCCGCUUCCCCCAGCAUCACGGUCUACGCUUCCAAUGGGCCAUCCGAGUCCGAUUCCUACAGUGUCUCCCCGACCGAGUACACCUCCCCCAGCUACACGGUCUACGCCUCCAACGGGCCCUCCGACUCCGACGGUUCUAGUAGUGCUUCCGCGACGGCGUCCACCCACGGGGGCCACGGCCACUCCUCGGUCGUCGUGACCGCCUCCGGCGAGGCCUCCUCGUCCGGCGACGGUUCCAACGGUUGCUCCGAGACCGCGUCGACCUUCCCCAGCUCCCCCAGCUUCACUGCGUCCGCCUCCAACGGGCCCUCCGACCCCGCUUCCAGCAGUGCCUCCGCGACCCACCAGAGUCACGGCCAUUCCUCGGUCGUCGCGACCGCCUCCGGUGAGGAGGCUGGGUCAGCCUCCCCCAGCAUCACUGUCUACGGCUCCAACGGGCCCUCCGAGACCGGUUCCUGCAGCGUCUCCCCGACCGGGUCCUCCUCCCCCAGCUACACGGUCUACGCCUCCAACGGGCCCUCCGAGUCAGACAGCUCCAGCAGCGCGUCCGCGACGGCGUCCACCCACGGCCACGGCCACUCCUCCGUCGUCGUGACCGCCUCCCCCAGCAUCACGGUCUACGGCUCUAACGGGCCCUCCGAGUCUGCCUCCAGCAGUGCCUACGCGACCGCGUCCACCCACCCCCACGGUCAUUCCCGGUCGUCGUGA